UUCCGCCUACGUCCGGCUUCAGCCAAUCAGAAGCCAGCAACUGGCACGCGUGGGUCAGGGCCGGUGAUGGGUGCGUGCGUGCGUGUACGCGAUGGGUGGGGCGAUGGAGAGAGCCCCGGAUUGGCUGGGGCGACGUGCGCGGGCGGUGACUUCUCGUCCCUGGCUCUUACGUACGGAUUGCAUCAGAGGUAAUUUGACUAGAUUACGCAAAGAAAGAAUUGACCACUGGAAGCAAAACGCUUUCUGUCUACCACAGGCAUCUUGGCUGUGGAGAAAGCUGCGUGGCAAGAGGCGGCUGGCGAUGGCAUUCUGCCUCUUAACGACUCUGUCUGUGGUGACUGUCACCCGCUUGCCCCCACAGCGCCCAGCCACUGGCCCAGACCCUGGCCCCAUGGAGCCCCAGGGGGUUGCUGACGUCCCUGCCCCCCAGAGUCGGCAGGCUCUGAGCUCCAGCUGGAGGCAGCGGGCAAGAAGGUUGAGGAGAAGCUGGGCCUUGCCCGGGAGCUCCAUCCUGGUGUGUGCGGAGGAGCAAGGCCACAGAGGGCAUGUGGACAGCAGCAGACGGUCCCCAGGGAAGGAGAGCAGCCAUCCAGGGAGGAUCGGGAAUGACAUUACUUUGGUACCUGCAGAAGACCUGAGACUCAGUACCCGGCGUUUUGUGCUCCUGCAGGGGGAGGCGGUCAGGGGUCCAGGAGCCAAAGACCUGGACCCACCCUGGCACCAUGGUCCCCUCCCGGAGGCACUGAGUAAGACAAGCACCCCAGGUGGCCCCCUCGCAGGGCAUGACAUGUCAGCCUUACAGACUCGGAGAGCUACUGCUGGACUGACCCUCCAGCCCCCUCCAGAAGGCGGGGGUCUGCCAGGAGUCCGGAACAGAGCCUGGACUGGUGGCCAACAAGUGGAGGGUCCUGCCCCCACCAAAGAGGCUCACUGGUGGCCUGGCUCUGCUGGGGAGCUGCAAGGAUCUGUCUGGUGUGACACUGAGACUCCCGGGCUAUCCAGUGGCUUCAGGACCGGCGAGCAGGUCCCCCCGUGGCUCACAGAGCAGGACGUGCAGACCCUCCAGCUUCUGGCCCAGGGGGAGGUGGUGGGCAAAGCCCGGGUGCCCGGCCACGGGCAGGUGCUGCUAGUCGGUUUCUCCAGCGAGGGGGCCCUUCAGGAUGCAGCUUCUGGGCUCAGCCAGCUCUGCUCCCAGGGUCUCUGUGGCUUGAUCAAGAGGCCCGGGGACCUAUCCGAGGUCUUGUCCUUCCACGUAGACCGCGUGCUGGGGCUGCGCCGGAGCCUGCCCGCGGUGGCCAAGCGCUUCCACAGCCCCCUGCUGCCCUACCGCUACACGGACGGUGGCGCCCGGCCAGUCAUCUGGUGGGCGCCCGACGUGCAGCACCUGGGUGACCCGGAGGACGACCAGAACUCUCUGGCCUUGGGCUGGCUGCAGUACCAGGCCCUGCUGGCACGUGGCUGUGGCCGACCCAGCCAUGCCCCAUGCCUGGGCAUCCAUCACGCCGAGUGGGCACGCCUGGCGCUCUUCGACUUCCUGCUGCAGGGGGAAGAAGAAAUCCUCACGCCUCAGGAUGUGGGAAUGAAACCUAAGUCUGGUCCUGUCUGGCUGCUGCUGUUUCAACUGUUUCAACGGAAUUGCUCUUCAGUGGAAAAAAGUUCCCAGACAGCGUGGCAGAUUACUCACACUGGCACCUGGGCCCGGCCAACCCCUCCCUGUUCAGCGUUCAAAUGGGUGUACAUCUGGGGGCACCAGCACCGCCCCUGUCAUAUGGCCCGACAGUCCUUGUAGCUCCUUCUGGAAAUAAGCACCGCAUCCAGUUAAAAUCCGCACAGAACGGCCUGCCGACAGGAUCAGGGAGCGUUUGGCCUGAGGAAGGGGGUUUGGCUGGCUGUGCCAUCAGACGUGACGUGAGAUCGGAGUCAUCGCUGGAAUUCAGUCCUGCUGGAACCAUCCAGGCAUUUACUCUCCCAACCAGAGAUGCCUCAGCAGGUGGCAUCCGUCUCCCAGAUCUACCUGGGCUCUAGAAACCAGGCCUUGCACACAUGUAGAGGAGAGUGGCUAGGCCAUCAUGACACAGCUUUAUUUUAGAUGCUUCACAGGGCUAUGGCCAGCGCUUUCAGAGGGAGGAAGCCCUGAGACUCCUCCAGGCCUUUAGGCCUGUCCCUUCCAGGUCUCUCCAUGACAACCACCCUCCUCACCUUGUGUGGUCCUCAGUGAGGCCCUGAGGGAGUACCAGUGCUCCCACUUUGGGUUAAAUAACUUCCUCGGGUCAUGGAGUUAGGGCAUAGUGGAGCCAUGAUUCACCCCCAGAUCCUUUGGGCUCCAAACCAGGGUCACAGACAUGGCCCAGAUUGCAAGCCAAAUUCCCCUAUCUUUUUUUUGUCUGUACAGUCCAUGAGCUAAGAAUGCUUUUAGCAUUUUCAAAUGGUUGAAUAGACAAAAAGAAUAUUUCGUUACACCUAAAAAUUCUAUGAAAUUCAGAUUUCAGUGUAUGUUAAUACAGUUUCUUUGAGGGGGGGACAUGGCCAUGGCCAUUUGUUUGCAUUUUAUCUAGAAUAUGUACAAUAUGCACAACACAGGCAGAGUCGGGUAGUUGUGACAGAGACCAUAUGGGCUGCAAAGCCUAAAAUAUUUACUGUCUGGCCCUUUGUGGGAAAAGCUUGCUGAUCUCGGCUCUAAACCUCUGUGUGGGCAGCCUUGGAGGGCUCCUGCCGAGGACAGGUGUGCAUUAGAAUGCAUGGAGGACCCCACCCCUUGCCAAGUUCGAGGACAAUAUGGAGAAACAUAGGGGCGUGUUACUAUCUUCAGGUGAAUGUAAAAACUGUUGGCAGGUUGAGAGGUCUCUGGGGGCAUGCCACAGGGUUCUGUCCUCAGCCCCAUCCUGUCAACACUUCUGUAGGAGCCGGAGUGAGGACGUGGGGGCUCUGGUGGACCCAAUGGAGCGCUCUUGUUUCUUCUGCACAGGGCCCUGGUCUGAUUCUCCCCAUUUCUCCCCAUUCCUGGGCUCAGAGGUCAGUACAUCACCAUCUUCCAGUGGUGGCCUCUGGACAAGGGAUGAGCCUGUGUCCAGAUUUGGUCCAAUCAGACUGAAAGGAAGGACUGGUAUUCCAUGGUUGUUGGGGGAGGGCUUCUGUCUCUCCCCUCCCCUCCUUCCUGUCUCUCUCUCUCUCUGUGUCCUUCUCUUUGGACAUGAACAGGGAAAAACAUGGGGACUUCCCAGGUGGCUCAAGUGGUAAAGAACCUGCCUGUCAGUGCAGGAGGCAUAAGAGACACGGGUUCAAUCCCUGGGUCGGGAAGAUCCCCUGGAGGGGGCAUGGCAACGCACUCCAGUAUUCUCUCCUGGAGAAUCCCAUGGACAGAGGAGCCUAGUGGACUACAGUCCGUGGGGCUGCAAAGAGUUGGACACAACUGAAACAACUUACCACACUCACAAGGAAAAACAUACCCACAGGGGCCAGCUGCAGGUCUUCUGAGACAACACAGGGAUGUCCUUAACAUUGUGGGGUAGAGUGAAGAGCAGAAAGAAACCUUAUCAUGACAAUAGGAGCUGCUUAAAGGUGCCCUCCAAGCUUGUCCUAUUGCAAGGCUCUUGAGACUUCCUGCUGUAGAUCUUAAUUUCCCCUCUGGUUAAAGUCACUUCCAACCAGAAUUUUCUGUUACUUGUGGCUGUUGUUAUUCAAAGUCCAGGAGGCUAAAGUAAUGACUGUCCACCUCAGGGGCUUGUUUAACAGGCUCGUUGCACGGACAGGGCUCUGGCUGUUUGUAUCAUGGCUAAACAUGCCUUUUAAGUGGUGUCAGUGAUGUCCUUGGUCCACUGCCUCUGGAAACACUCCAUGAUGCAGCCUUACAGAAAGGCCCUCAGCCUGUCUGGGGCAAUGGUCUAGGCCCAGGAUGUGACUUCUUCACGCUGAAUUGUUAUAAAGUGGGGAAAAUAAUGUUUAGGGACAGUAGUUGGGACUGUUCAACACUGUCUCAUUUCCGGAUGUCUGGUUUCAUGAGGUUGAUUGGUGAAUAGAGCUAUAGUUAUUUUCUGGCUUGUAUAGAAGGAAAUCAAUUUUGUAUUUCUUCAGAACACACAGGAGUUACCUCCAAAGGGGAUAUGGGAAUGGAGUGAGACCUUUCAUUGGCUGGCGCUGAGCUGGGCUGGGCGGACUGCCAAGUGGCUGGCCUGGCUUUGAUGUGUGCCGCAUCCUGGGGGCUGUCAUCUAUGUGUUCCCUGCCCCCGGCCCCUCUGCCUUGUGUGGAGAGAGGUUGGCAGAGGGAGACAGGACGGUGGUGCUGGCUGAAGCUGAACCAGGGCUGCGGCUUGGGUUGGCUGAGAGGCGACCACAGAUGAAUAAGGACCAUCCAAACAGCUCUGGUGCCUGCCUGCUGCCGCCUCAGGAGGACAGUGGGCUCUGAGACUUCCGGUUCCUUCUUUUCUUCCUUCACUGUUUUGAGAACUCCUCUCCAGUCUUGAUGAGUGUAAUGAUGGGGACCUCACAUGACCUCUAAGUGGCUCCCUCUCCCUGACCUUCAGGGAGGCAGUGGAGGACAUCAGAGAGCGCUGAGCUCCAGCCAGGCAGACCUGGGUUCAAACCCCAGCUGGACUACCUCCUCGUGUAUGACCUUGGGGAGCUCUGGGGUCCAUGUCCCCAUGUGUUAUUGGGGCACUAACGUCUCCCUUGCAAGGCUGCAGUGAGAAUUGGAUGAGACAGAGAUGCAGUGAUGUUGCUGGUCAUCUGAGUGAUGCCUUCUGCGCCCACCAACUCUCCAACCCCAACUGGGUGACUCUAUCCACCUGGAGUCAAUGUCAGAUUAAGGGCUCAGUCAAGUUAAGGGCUCAGCUCCACAGAACUCCUGAUUCAGAUGCCAGUCACGAGUCCUGAGCCCCCCAUACUUCUGGCCAGCUGGCUAAAAAUCUGGGGUUCUCAUGACUGUCCCAUCCCCUGGUUCAAUAAUUUGCUACAAUGGCUCACAGGACUCAGGAAAACACUACUUCAGUGGUCUGGUUUAUUAUAAAGGAGGUCAGUGAACAGCCAGUAGAAGAGGUACGCGCGGUGAAGUCUGAAAGGGUCCCAAGUCCAUGAC